GCCAGAGAAUUGUGUUGUUUUGAUGCCGUGUUGUCAACAAACCGAAGCUCCCGUACAACAUGGCGAGGGUUUUUGACGUUCGGCCAUCGCUGCAUCUCGCUCGGUUUUCUCUACCCUUCCUUUACUUACCCACAGUGCUCGCGUUUCAAAAUGAGCGUCUGUAUCCCCCUCUCCCACUUCACCUUUAUCUCAUUCCAGCGCGUUUCUAUACACCUUGGUCGAUUUGGCCGUAAUGUCAAAAAGUGUUUGCUUGUAAACAAACAAAGCUUUGCAAAUUGGUGCAAAAUCCAAACAAUCCUCAUUCGCAAUUAGCUUCGCGAGCCGUUCUUCGAGCAGAAACGUACAUCUGCUCGCCCAGAUGGAGCAAUGUUGCCGAUUAUGCAUGGAUGCCAAUCCGAUGCUAACCAGCAUUGCCAACUAUCGGUUUCUGUCGGUGGAAAAGGCGUGUGCCGUCGCGCUGGCCGAUCUCAUUGAACAGUAUCUAGAGAUCAGUAUGAAUCAUUCCACAAUUGAGCCUUUGAUUUGUGGCGAAUGCUUGAAGCGGCUCGAAGAAUGGCAUUCGUUUCGCGAAAGCUGCCACCAGCACGAUCGUUACUUUCAGCAGCCGAACAUCAAAUUCGAAGAAGUGAUCACCAUCGAGCCGCGUUACGUGCUGGAACCGAUCGACUCAUUGGAGAGGCAGAAGCAAGACGAUAAAGCACAGCAAGAUGAUUGCAUGGUUGAAGAAGAGGAAGAAGGAUUGGAGCAGGAUGAGGAUGAGGAUGGCAUACAGAUGGCUUCGGAAUCGGAAACCUCUGACGUUGUGCCAAAAGAGCCAUCGAAACGGGACGUCCUGAAGAGUAAUGCAGACACCCGUCCUACCAUACGGAAGCAAGUUCACACACCACUCGCCACAAAGGGAAAGCGUGGACGCCCUAAAUCGUACCGGGAACGUGUGGAGUCGCCAAAAGCGGGCCAAAAGGAAGAGAGCGUGGAGCAGCCAAAGCACGAUCCACCCCAGCAUGCAGCCCGAAAGCAGCGACCCAUGCCAAAAAUCUGCACCAUAUGCGGGGUAGCGCGGACCGACAUGGCCGCCCAUAUGCGCUGGCACAACAACGAGCGCCCGUACCAGUGUCCGCACUGUCCGAAGAUAUUCCUGAACAGCUCCAAUCUGAAGAAUCACAUCAAUCUGCACACGCGCGAAAAGCUGUACAAGUGUGAUCUCUGUGAUAAGGAGUUUGCCAGCACGACCGGGCGCAGCAAGCAUCGGGAAAUACACGCGACGGAACGGGUACACCUUUGCACCGUCUGUGGCAAGCGGUUCAAGUACCGCGCAUCGCUGGCACGCCACAAGCUGAUCCAUUUCGAGGAACCGAAGCAGAAGUGCUCCGUGUGCGAUAUGAUGUUUCUAACGAAAACCCGUCUGACGAAACACUUUAUGGUGCACAUGAACGUAAAACCGUUCAGCUGCGAGGUUUGCGGGAAAGCGUUCAACCGGAAGGACAAUCUCAAAACGCACAUGAAAACGCAUGCGGCACAGAGGAAGCGGGAUAAAAAGCAAGAGCCAGCAGGACUUGUCGUGCCGCAACAGCAGCAGACGUCCGAAGAGAUUAUAAUAUGAAACCAGUUCAAGCAGAACAGAUGAAUAUUGCUCGAUUUAAAAGAAAAGGAAUAAACGAUAGGCUUUAAAUUUA